UGUUGCGUCACUGAAAAAGUGUAGGAGUCCAGAAACUUCACUCAUGUAAAUAACGGCAAUUUGAAAGCUAUGUGGUAGCGACACACAGUACAGAGCUAUUAAAUAUAUUUAUCCGCUUUCCUGCUUUUUGGACCAUGCCUCGGAAAAAGCCAUUUAGCAACAAACAGAAGAAGAAACAGCUGCAAGUCAAACGCGAGAGAAAGAGAGGUGACACAGGUUCUGGUCCGAGCAGCCGCAAUGCGAGCGUGGAGCGAGGAGGAGAGCGUCAGUCUGACACCUCCGACAGUGAGACUACUGACGUCAGAAGAAUAAACCAGCAGCCCUUUGGGAGAGAUGGCAGAUAUGAUCCAAACAGGUUUCGACUUCACUUUGAGAAAGAGAGCAAAGAGGAGGUGGAAAGGAGAAAGAAGCUGGCCAUGGAGACGGUGCUGAAGCCGGUGUCGGACAAAGAACUAGAAGUCAGCAAAGAUGAAAUCUACCCUUCAGAGAAAGGUCUCGUCUUCCCGCGUCGGCCAUCUUGGACUUAUGAGAUGACGCGGGAGAGCCUGUUGAGGAAGGAGGAGAAGUCCUACAGAGACUACCUGGAAGACCUGCACUCCAGAAACCCACCCGGCUCCCUCAGCCACUUUGAGCACAACCUGGAGACUUGGAGACAGCUGUGGAGGGUUUUGGAAAUGUCUGAUAUCAUCCUUCUUAUUGUUGACAUUCGACACCCGGUGCUGCAGUUUCCUCCAGAUCUGUACCGUUACAUCACAGCGGAUCUGCACAAGCAGGUGAUCCUGGUGUUGAACAAAGCAGACCUGUGUCCUCCGCCGCUGGUGAUCGCCUGGAAACACUACAUGGCCUCCCAGUUCCCCCACCUGGAGAUGGUCUGCUUCACGUCCCAUCCUGGACAAUCCUACAACACAGUGUUGCAGAAGAAGAGGAUGAGAAAAAAGGCUGACUGGAGUCGCGCCGGAGGUCUUAUCGAUAUCUUUAAGGCUUGCCAAGAGAUCACAGCCGGAAAAGUGGACCUGUCCAGCUGGGAGCAGAAGAUCCAGAGAGACGCUGCUGCAGCGCGGCUGGACGGAGAGCUGCAGGACGAAGGAGCUGAAUCGGUUCUGGUGGAGCAUCAAAGCGACAGCGCUCUGGAGAUGAGCAACCAGGAGCUCUACAAAGACGGAGUCCUCACUCUGGGCUGCAUAGGUUUUCCUAAUGUUGGUAAAUCCUCCGUAAUAAACAGCCUAGUGGGGAGGAAAGUAGUGAGCGUCUCUCGAACGCCGGGUCACACCAAGUACUUCCAGACCUACUACCUCACCCCGACGGUCAAACUCUGCGACUGCCCUGGCCUCGUUUUCCCCUCCCGCGUCAACAAGCAGCUACAGAUUCUAGCGGGCAUUUACCCGGUGGCCCAGCUGCAGGAGCCGUACACGUCAGUUGGUUACCUGUGCGAGAGAAUGCCUGACCUUUCUGUGCUCAAGCUCAAACAUCCCAGUUUGCAAGAGAAAGAAUCCCAGCAGAGCACGGAGGAGCCCAGUUGGACCGCCUGGGAUGUGUGUGAAGCUUGGGCAGAAAGGAGAGGCUACAAGACGGCGAAAGCUGCGCGCAACGAUGUUUACCGUGCAGCCAACAGUCUACUGAGGCUGGCGAUCGAUGGCAGGCUCUGUCUCUGUCUCAGACCGCCUGGCUACAGCUGCCUCAAAGAGCACUGGGAAAACCAUCCAGACCUGCCUGAGAUUAUGGCUCUUCAGGGGAGAGCAGCAGAGGAGGAGGGGAGUGCGGAGCGGGAAGACGAGGAGGACGGAGAAUCCAGCUCCGAGCCCGAGGAGGAGAGGGACAGGGAUGCUGACGACGACGAGGACGGUGAUGAUGAAGAUGAGGGGUUUGGACAUCGGGGGUGGAGCGACGACAAGCCGUCAUCAGGCUUCACUGUCAACAUGUACAACGUGCUGCGGGAAAAUGACUGUGAGUGAAACUACAGGAAGAGGAAAGCAGAAAACAAACAGCUCCUACUAGGGGUGCACCGAUUGUGAUUUUGGCCGAUACUGAUUUUUUUAUUUUUUU